UUCAGGCAGAGGGAGAGAGAGAGAGAGGAAUAAAGUAGGGAGACGAAUGGGAGAAAAGAGAGGUUGUGACAAGGAGAGCAAGGGAAAGCGGGGGAGAAGAAAGGUGGCAUCUUUACCUCCUUUUUCCGCUUCUUCUCUUGGGAUCAGCUUCCUCUCCCGCUUCGUCUUCUCGAUUUCCGCCUGCGUGUAGCUGUGCCUUCUCGAUUUAUCUCCUACCUCUGCUCCUCCGUCGAAGGGUGUCUUGUGGGUGAAUUGGGAUUUUGAGAUCAAAGGGAAGGCUUUGCCGGAUGAUGAUGACGAGUUAUGUGGAUGUUCUUCCUCGGAGCUCCCACUGCACGAACUGGUUCGUCGCCGAGGUAAGCUGCGGGAGCGGGUGGUGGACACAGGAGGAGAACAAGCGCUUCGAGGACGCGCUGGCCGAAUUCGACGGCGACUCCCCGGACCGCUGGGAAAAGGUGGCGGCUUUGAUCCCGGGGAAGUCGGUGGGAGACGUGGUGAGCCAUUACCGGGAAUUGGUGGACGAUGUGACCGAGAUAGAGGCCGGGCGGAUCCCGUGCCCCGUCUACCAUGGGGCUUCGCCUUUUACACUGGACUGGGAGAACAAUUACGAUUCGGAAGGUUGGAAGAACUCGUACUGUCUCAGCGGCGGCAAGCGAUCUGGCCGCCGAGCUCCAGAUCACGAGAGGAAGAAAGGAGUCCCGUGGACCGAAGAGGAGCACAAGUUAUUUCUGCUUGGAUUGCAAAAGUAUGGGAAAGGAGAUUGGAGAAACAUAUCGCGGAAUUUGGUGAUCACCAGGACCCCUACGCAAGUGGCGAGUCAUGCGCAGAAGUACUUCCUCAGGCUUAAUUCUGGCAGCAGAGACAAGAGAAGGUCCAGCAUUCAUGACGUUACUACAGAUGAUCUGCCAAAUAGUAGGCCUCCCUCACCAUCAUCAUCUCAGCCAUGUACAAUUGCCACACAGUCAAGCUCAGCUAUGGCGUCUGCAUCGUCGUGCCAGUUCUCUGAAACUGCUGUUUCAGAUCAACAAAGUGAAGUAGCAUGUGUCUUUGAUCCAUCAUCUGAUUCAUCACAUAGGAAUCGAUUCACCAUUUGAACCGGCUCCAUAUGUGAUGAAGUUUCUACCUCAAAUUUCACAUAAUGGCAUGUGUGAUCAAGUUACGUUUGUUCACUUGGAUUGAGAUCAAAAGAAAAGUCUGGAUCUGCUUGAAUUCUGGCAAAGGUUGAUGAUGCAGAUAUUUAGUC